UAUCACGUAUGUAAAUGCAUAUGCUCAGAGCUGAGAGUGUGUGUUUGAGAGCGAUAGGAUGAGUAGGAGUGUGUGUAAUUACCCGUCUGUUACUGCAUGUGUGUGUGUUUAUCCCUUUCACAGUGAGUAAGGCGAGUGGGCGACAGCAGCAACUGGUCUGCCUGUGUGUUGUUGCACAGCAGACAUGCCUCACACUGCACGAUAUUACUCAUUUCCUCAGCCUUGUGUACACACACACACGCACAAACUCUCACACUUUUUCACAGUCAGCCUUGCAGCCCUUUCGACAUGCUGUGACACCACAAUUUGCCUGUAGAUUUGUACACACCGUUGCCUUAGUGGUGUGUGUGUGUGUGUGUGUGUGUGUGGAAGAGAAGCAGGUGUGAUGGACUGCAGGAGUAAGUGGCGUCACACGGAUAUCUGCUCCGCACACCCCAUCAAGGUCAGUCGCAUCAGGUGAGUGGGAUUUCUGGACGUGGCCGUGAGUGACAAGUUGUGUGCGUGAUGCUGAUCAGCAGGAGAAAAUUGAUCUCUCCUAGCCCCUUGUUUUCCCCAGCCCAUGUAACCUAGUGUGGCCCAGAAGGCCCGGGGGAUUGUCCCAUGAAUCCAAGCCCAGACCGCAGCAAGGAGUGUCUCCCCCCAAAAAAGCGGGAGUCCCGACAGGGCUCAUCAGAUCAACCAGCUCCGGAGGAUGACUUCAAACCCCCUGCCCCUUUCCGAAGCCGACGGCAGCAUCACUCCACCGAGGGUCACAGAGAGAGUGGGGAUCUUCUACCACCCGCUCCCCCCAUGCUGCCCCCUUAUUCUCUGUCGUUGCCUUGGCAGGUGUCCUAUACCCCCGGCAUGCAUCACUCGUACUUGCCGGUCCAGGUGGGAGAGCGGCGAGGGUCAUCUUCGGCAUCCUGGAGAGAAACAUUGUGUGGACGGGGUAUGGAUGGAGGACUGGAGCAUACCAUUCCCCAACACUCUCGCUGGCUGAGCAGUGACAACCCCCCCAUUAGUGUGCAACCACUCAUCUCUGUGCCCACGUUCAAGAGUGUCUACACAGCCGAGUCCAGGGAAAUGUGGUCCUACGGCCCCAGUCGGCGAGACUACAGCUCGUCUCUCUUCUCCCCCAAUCUCUUUCCACAGCCUACGGCUUAUCCCCACGACACCCUCCCUGACAGCAGACUCAGGUACCAAGGCAGACGGCCCAAUGGUGUUGAUAGCCCAGACAGCAGGCCUAGCAGAAGAGUGCCCUCUUGCGAUGACUGUGGGAGCGACAAUGUGAGCAGGUUGGAUGGUCCACAUGCCAAUGGCAGGAGAAGACAGGAGAUUACAACAAGACAGACCCUCGGAAGAGGCCUUCUGCCACGAGAGAACACAAGUGCACAUUCCUCAUGGGACAGGGACCGCUGGGGAACACCCAAAGCUCCAAUGCCCCCCUCGUCAGACACAAAGACAGGAAAGGCCAUCACUUCUCAGGACCAUUUUGGUGUUAGUGCCUCUCAGGCUGGAGCUCAGAUCUACUAUGCUCUGGGGUCCCUUUGCCCUUCUGCUCACCAGAACCCUCAAGCAUAUCCACAACUUAGUCCUUCUGUGUCCUGUUCCCCGAGGAAUUCCCAGUACUCCCUGCAAAGCCAACAGAACAGCCAUGGGUUUGAGACAGAAUGGGAUCCCUCUGCAGGGUCUUACCGCCCUCCCGUCGCUGUGCUCACUGGCCCUGACCCGCCCCCUUCUGCAGUCCUACCUCAUUUUGCCAAAGGUUCCCUGAUCGAGCUGGCCGGUGGCCAUCUGAAGAGGGUGGAGGAGCUGAAGACGGAGGAUUUCUUACGCAGUGCUGACACCUUGCCUGAGUUUCACCUGAGUACCUGCACUAUUCUGUUAAUCUCGCCAGGACCCACUUAUGGCUUCAACCACUUGCAGGUCUUACUCACAGACCGCAACACUCAGGAGCUUCUCACAGUGUUAGCGGAGUAUCCGUUCUUCGUGCGGGAGCGCGGCUGGUCUUCCUGCAGUCCCCAGCGGAGCGCGCAGCUGUAUGGGCUGCAGUGCCGCCAGCUCAGCGCCGGGGACGUGUGUCUGGCUCUGACUCCCACACCUGCUCCGGGCGGGCCAGUGGAGAUGCCCCCCCCCCGCGCACCCGUCCCAGCGCCACAGCCUUCAGAGCCACCGCGCACACGCAAGAGACGCUGGUCCGCCCCCGAGCUGCCGCCCGGAAGCAAGACUAGCACCCAUUUACCUCAAGGCUCGAAGCUCGAGAGACGGCAGUGAUGUUUCCAGGCGACUUCCCUCCGCAGGAAGGUUUAGCAAAUGAUUAUUGGUAACCUCAUAGAUACAGCGGAACAGCUAGUAAAUCGGUCCUCUCCUAUUAAACGUGAUUUCAGAAUGUAGAACAACACAUGCUAGCGAAUCCCAAAAUGCACAAUGAGACAAUCAAAAAAUCACUUACUUGUGAUGCCACGCACCUUUUAGUUAUGCUAAUCUCAAGCCUCUUUCUGCAGGGUAUGUCGUUUCAAUCAGUAUUAUAACAAACCAAUGCUACGAGGUGGAAAAAAAAGACAAAGUACACAAUUAUAUGAGAAUAUAUCAUUACAAGUGUUCUGUGAAUAUGCUAAACGAAAUAGUCUACUGUUAUUUUGGUAAUGCAGUCUUGUUUCAUGCUUAUGAACUGCGUUUGUACCUUCAGUCCAGGAGGCAAGCUGAAUGUAAAGCAGCCUUCAGCCAAGCUUUCAGCGUGGGGUCAAUAUGCUAGUUCACUUUAGCAUUACACAGUCCAGCCUGUUCUUACCCAGGGAAGAGACACUAAUGAUGGACUGAAACCAAACUCACACACGACCCUGGGCCGAUGGUGCUAAUGACACAUCAGAAAAGUCCUGUGGGGAUUUGUGGGGGAAAAUGACAGAAAUCUAGUGUUUUGAACUCAGAUACGGGUAUAUCUACUCUUGAUUAAGCACACUCUAUCACUUUAUUUUUCUCUGAUUUAUUUUUUGUUGUUGUGGUUUCUCAAAUAAUAUUUGCUGUUAGAUUUUUUUCUUUAUAAAUGUUCUAAAUGCUCUAAAAUUGUAUAUUUUUAAAGUUGUGAGACUGUAAUACAAUGUUGGCUAGAAAUAAAAGAACAGCUUUCUAGAUUUA